CCCCUCCGGUUCCGCCGCUGCCGCCGCGGCCGCGCCGAGGCCGCGCUGAGACCGCGCCAUGGCCCCGCAGCCGCGCUGAGCCCCGGCCCCGCCGCUCAGCUCCGGCCAUGGCGGCUCCGCUCUCGUAGCCGCGGCCGCCAUGCCGAGCGGAGCCGCCGAGGCCAGCGAGCCGGCGCUGCUGCUGCUCCAGCAGCGCCUGCAAGGGCUCGGCCUCCGCCAGCCCGGCGCGCUGGAGCCGCCGGGUAAGGAGCAAGAGGAGGACAGCGGAGAGGCGGAGCUGAGGGAGGAUGAGGAUGAGGACGAGGAGGACGAGACGCUGCUGCUCCCCUCGCCGCUGUUACCGGCGCUGCUGCCGCCGGGCCUCGAUGCUGCCGAGGGGGCGGCCGGGGCCCGCGGUGUGAUGGCGGCGGUGCUGUCCCACGCCUACGGCGGGGCCCCGGCCAUGGGCGGCGAGCAGGCGGCGCUGCUCCGCAGGAAGAGCGUCAACACCACCGAGUGCGUGCCCGUGCCCAGCUCCGAGCAUGUGGCCGAGAUCGUGGGGCGCCAGGGCUGCAAGAUCAAGGCGCUGCGGGCCAAGACCAACACGUACAUCAAGACGCCGGUGCGCGGGGAGGAGCCGGUGUUCGUGGUCACGGGGCGCAAGGAGGACGUGGCCACGGCCAAGAGGGAGAUCCUGUCGGCGGCCGAGCACUUCUCGCUGAUCCGGGCGUCGCGCGGCAGGGCGGCGGCGGGCGGGCCGUGCUGCGCGGCGCCCGCGCUGCCGGGGCAGACCACGGUGCAGGUGCGGGUGCCGUACCGCGUGGUGGGGCUGGUGGUGGGCCCCAAGGGCGCCACCAUCAAGCGCAUCCAGCAGCAGACGCACACCUACAUCGUGACGCCCAGCCGCGACAAGGAGCCCGUGUUCGAGGUGACGGGCAUGCCCGAGAAUGUGGACCGUGCGCGCGAGGAGAUCGAGAUGCACAUCGCCAUGCGCACCGGCGCCUUCCUGGAGCUCGGCGACGGCAGCGACUUCCACGCCAACGGCACCGACGUCGGCUUCGAGGGCGGCCCGCCCGGCCCCGCCUGGCUGGGCGCGCGCCCCGCGCCGCCCGCCCGUGCCAGGAUGGUCUCCAGCUACCGCAACGACAGCUCCAGCUCCCUGGGCAGCGGCUCCACUGACUCCUACUUCGGCGGCAGCCGGCUGGCCGACUUCAGCCCCACGAGCCCCUUCGGCGCGGGCGGCUUCUGGUUCGGGGAGGCGCUGCCCGCCGUGGGCUCCGAGGAGCUGGCGCUGGACUCCCCCGUAUACGACCCCCUGCCCGUGCCCUCCCCGACCAUAUGGGCCCCGUUCGAGCCCGCGGCGCCGCGGUCCAGCCCGGGCGGCGAGGCCACGGGAGGUGCCAGGGCCCCGCGCCGCGGCAGCCGCCCGCCCACGCCCCGCCUGUCGCCCACGUUCCCCGAGGGCCUGGAGCACCCGCUGGCCCGGCGCGCCCGCAGCGACCCACCGGGCUCCAGCCACCAGCCCGCGCUGCCCGUCUACAUCCCCGCCUUCUCCAACGGUACCAACAGCUACUCCUCAUCCAACGGCGGCUCCACGUCCAGCUCGCCCCCCGAGUGCCGGCGCAAGCACGACUGCGUCAUCUGCUUCGAGAGCGAGGCCACCGCCGCCCUCGUGCCCUGCGGCCACAACCUCUUCUGCCUGCAGUGUGCCAACAGGAUCUGCGACAGGGACGCGCCCGCGUGCCCCGUGUGCCAGGCCGUUGUCACGCAGGCCAUCCAGAUCCACUCCUGAGCGGGGCAGCACCCCGGGCCCGCCAGCCAGGGCGCCCUGGAGCGGGCUGCGACAGCUCUGCCUGCCGGGCUUGCCCGGCUGAGGCUGAGGCUGUGACUGGCUCCGUGCUCUCUCCCCGGGCACAGUGUCUGUGGCGUUCAGCAGAGAGGGACCGGGGCCUGCUGUGGCACAGUGACGGGAGGUUCGUCCAUUACACACAGCUGAAAACACAAAUGUUCUGGGCUGAAGGGUCUCUGUGGUGGCCAGGCCUCUGUGCUGGCGGCGGGAGCCUCGCUGCCCGGCAGAGGCGGCGCCUGCUGCGGAGGGCUGUGGCACAAUCAGCUACCAACACUUCCAAUGCUGCCUUCUCUACACUGCCAGUGCUCAAAACAGGUUUGGGGAAACUCCUUUUCUUUCGCUCGCUGCGACCACUUAUGCCUAAUGCUCCAGCAGUGCAAACACCUCCUCCUUUGUUGUUUUCGGCGGCCUGGUUUGGGUCACCGGCACAGCUGCGGCCGUGCCGAGUCGCAGGCGGUGCCGGGAGCGGCCGGGGCGGCCCAGGCAGGGCGGGCCGGGAUCUGUGAUCCCCACGGGAUGGCCUGGCUGCCGGGGCAGCGUGUCCCAGCACCGCGGCCAGGCCCGUGCUCCCCUGGGGCCUGGGCCCGCCUGCUGACAUUCCGAUCCAGCUGUUCCGAAAUCACCCUGCUAGAGAGUCUGCAGAUCAAAAUGUGAAGCAUCGCUGUGUCCAACCCUUGUCUUGCACACACUGUAGCAUGUAUUUUAUUUUCAGUAAGGAAAAGGAGAAACACAGAGUUGCGUGCAUGCCCUUGUGUUAUAAUUCAGUUUUCAGCAGCCGCAACCGUGGCCGUGCAAUCAGUUUGCUUCAUUUCAAAAAUGUCUUUUCAAUCACGAGUUUAAAAAAAAACAAAAGAAAAGAGAGUCCCUUUUCCUUGCAAACAGAAUACUCUUCUUGCAUUUCAACCUGUGGAUGUUUCCUCUUUCAUCCUCAGUGUGUUCCCAAAUCUGUGCUGGCAUACGUUAAAACAACACAAACAAACAGAACAAUAUGAGAAACCAAAACCAAAAAAAAAAAAAAAAAAAAAAAAAAAAGGAGAAAAAGAGAGAAAAAGAUAUUUACAAUGUGGAGUUCUGGUGGAUUUUUUCUAUUUUUUUGGAAGCAUUAUUUUCCCAAGACAAAGGUUUUUUUUCUCAGUAUAACGGAAAAAAAAAAACAGAUGAAAUGAAAUGAAAUCACACGUAUGUUGAACUAGUAAAUACGCAGAAAACUUUAUUUUUUAUUUCCACUUGAAGAGUUACAUUUCGUAUUAAAAGUUUACAGAUGACGGUUUUUAUGUUGUGAUUCCAAGUCUGGGAGCUGCCCUGAGGGCACCAGCCCGUCCUGCAGCUGCGGUGGCCGCACCGCGCAGCCAGGUCUGGCACCCACAGACCACAACGGGCCGCCCAGGCUGGCUUAGUAUUUGCUAAUUUUGCUACACUUCUUGUUAUGUAUAUGUAGGGAGGUCGUAGGGGUUACAGAUCCAAUUUGAAUAAAGUUUAAAACAAAUGCAUAUAUUUUAUGAUAAAGGGCCUUUAACUUAUGAUGGCCAAAGCACUGAUAUUAUAUAUUUGCUGUAAAGAGAAUUAUAAGAGUUUUAUUUUUCUGAUAUUAAAAGUUACUUAAUAAAGACUUGUUUCGAUUAA